CUAAAAUAAAAAUUCACCCACACAGUCUUUAAUGUUCAAACCAAAACCCAAAGUGAGACCAAAACAUUUCAUAAAGUGAAGGGAACCCACAGUCCCUGGGAAUAUAAGAAAUCCCUCUUUGGUAAGAAUCAAGUUGAUCAGUUCCUCUCACAUUCCAAAAUAUAGUCAGGAAAUCAAAACUGCAGGAAUAGUCAGUCCCGAAGUUCUGGUGUGAGAGUAAGAAUUUCCUGCAGGCAAAGACCUUUGACCCACUGUCUACUGCCACACAGUCUGAGGCAACUUCUUUAAUGGGUUUUGGGUCUGGGAUAAUUUUCAUUGUUUAGGGGCGUUGGUUACAAGUUGUUGUCAAGGGUUAGGAAAAAGGCUAAGCAAAGGAGAUUAGAUUUAAGGUUCUUGUUUAAAAAAAAAGAGAGAAAGAAAGAAAGAAGAAGAAAAAGACAAUUACUAGUUUUAAAUAUUUUACAUUGGAUUGGAUUGUUUUAUAUUGUAUACAAAUUAUAUAUAUAUUGAAAUUGAUAUUGUUAGAAAAUGCUAUAUGUAUAUUUCUAAUUGUACUUAUACCGUUCAUUUAACAAUGCAAUUUUCUGAUCCUUGAAUGUUAUUAUUACCAACUAUUAGGAUAUAAAGAAAUGAAAGUUAGUAGUUAGACAUUACAAUAGAACUUGUAGUCAUAUUAGAUAUGUUUUAAAAAUUGAGCAGAUAUAUUUUAGACAGGUCAUCUUCAAACCCUUCAGAGAUCUACAGAAUAUGGCAUUUAAAAUGAGGCAACUUCUUUAGCUCUGAAUAAACAAAUCACAAGUGAAAGAGAAAAACCACAUCCAGGGUAAAGUCCCACGCUGAGAACUUUGUUUCAGAGCAUUUCCUGAAAGGGGCAGUGCAGCACUCCGCCCAACAGACAACGCCGUAUCGGUACUACAUCUCCAACAACCUUUCUACAGCGAGCAGAGACAAAGCACCAUCUGUGAAACAAGCCCUGAGGACUCUCCAGGACCGGCACAUCGGCAGACGGUCACCUCUCAGACAGCGCUUUGACCAGAGUCCUGACAGUUUCUGCACAUCAUGGGCACAGGCCUGCUGUAAGAUGACGACCCCCAGCAAUCGCGAUCAGCUGGUCCUUUCUAACGGCUCGAACCCAGAUGAGUACAAAAUCGCAGCCCUGGUCUUCUACAGCUGCAUCUUCCUGAUUGGAUUAUUUGUUAAUGUCACUGCAUUAUGGGUUUUCAGCUGUACGACCAAGAAAAGAACCACAGUAACCAUCUACAUGAUGAAUGUCGCACUACUGGACUUAAUAUUCAUACUCAGUCUACCCUUUCGGAUGUUUUACUACGCAAAGGGUGAAUGGCCAUUUGGAGAGUACUUCUGCCACAUUCUUGGGGCUCUGGUGGUGUUUUACCCAAGCCUGGCUCUGUGGCUUCUUGCUUUCAUUAGUGCUGACAGAUACAUGGCCAUAGUGCAGCCAAAGUACGCCAAGGAGCUGAGGAACACUUGCAAGGCCGUGCUUGCGUGUGUGGGGGUCUGGAUAAUGACCCUGACAACCACUGUCCCUCUGCUGCUGCUCUACGAAGACCCCGAUAAAGCCUCCUCCCCUGCCACCUGCCUCAAGAUUUCUGACAUUGUCCACUUAAAAGCUGUCAAUGUGCUCAACUUCACUCGGCUCCUGCUUUUCUUCCUGACCCCUUUGCUCAUCAUGAUCGGGUGCUAUGUGGUCAUCAUUCACAGCCUCCUACGUGGGCAGACGUCUAAGCUGAAGCCUAAGGUGAAGGAGAAAUCCAUACGGAUCAUCAUCACGCUGCUGGUGCAGGUGCUCAUCUGCUUCAUGCCGUUUCACGUCUGUUUCGCCUUCCUGAUGCUGCAGGGGGAGGAGACCAGCUACAACCCCUGGGGAGCCUUCACCACCUUCCUCAUGAACCUCAGCACAUGUCUCGAUGUUGUCCUCUACUACAUUGUGUCCAAACAAUUCCAGGCUCGAGUCAUUAGUGUCAUGCUGUACCGCAAUUACCUCCGAAGUGUGCGCAGAAAAAGUUUCCGAGCCGGCAGUUUACGGUCACUUAGCAACAUGAACAGUGAGAUGCUGUAAGUCAGAGCAAGCAGCCUGUCUUUACUCUCUUUAAAACUCUUCUUCUAUCUACUCUUGAGUGAACCAGCAUUCUAUACUAUCCAGU